GAGCGCCUGCGCGAGCUCUACGCUGCCAUCUCGAACGGCGCCAACUCGUUCCUCUUCUCAGAGUACAAGCUGUGUACCGUGUUCGUCGUCUUCCUCGCCGGUGUGAUCGUCGGCCUCGUCUCGUGGUCCUCCGGCCGCGAGACCGCCAUCUUCACCGCCACCUCGUUCGUCGUCGGCGCACUCACUUCGAUGCUCUCGGGAUACAUUGGCAUGCGCGUCGCGGUCUUCUCCAACGCUCGCUGCACCCCGGCACCGCACGGCUGGACAGAGUCGUUCAACACGGCCUUCCGCGCUGGCGGAGUGAUGGGCUUCUCUCUCUGCGGCCUGGCGCUCCUCUGCCUCUACGCGCUCGUCGUCUUCCUCGCCCCCUCCUUUUCGUGGGGCACGACCGCCGGCGCGAUGAAGCUGUUCGACUGCAUAGCGGGCUUUGGGCUCGGAGGCUCGGCGGUGGCGAUGUUCGGCCGGGUGGGCGGAGGCAUCUACACAAAGGCGGCGGACGUGGGCGCCGACUUGGCGGGCAAGGUGGUGGAGGACUUGCCCGAGGACGACCCGCACAACCCGGGCACGCUCGCGGACAGCGUCGGCGAC